GGCGUGCAGGGUGUUAUCGGCGCCGUCGUCUGCAGGGGCUGUCGCGGGCCGGGCGGUCGGAGAAGCGUCCUCGUGGCGAAGGCUCUGCCCACGCCGCCGCCGCGCGCAGGUGCCGCCGCCGCAUUUGUCGCUGUCGCCCGUGUGCGUGCGGGGAAGGCCGGCGUGGCCGAGCGACGCAGCGCGUUUUUUCAUUAGGAAAAUCAAUACUGCAACGAUGCCUGAGAUAAACACAAAUGAUCUGGAUGAGCAACAGGUACAAUUGCUGUCAGAGAUGUGCAUCCUUAUUGAUGAAAAUGACAACGAAAUUGGUUCAGAGACAAAGAAAAACUGCCACUUGAAUGAAAACAUUGACAAAGGAUUGCUGCAUCGUGCAUUCAGUGUAUUCUUAUUCAACACGGAGAACAAACUGCUGUUGCAACAGAGAUCAGAUGCCAAAAUCACUUUCCCAGACUGUUUUACCAAUACAUGUUGUAGUCAUCCUCUAAGCACCCCACUCGAACUGGAAGAAAACAAUGCAAUUGGCGUUCGAAGAGCGGCACAGAGACGACUGAAGGCAGAGUUAGGAAUUCCACUGGAACAGGUAACUCCAGAAGACAUCUUUUACUUAACCCGAAUUCACUACAAAGCCCAGUCGAAUGGGACCUGGGGAGAACACGAAAUAGAUUAUAUCCUUUUUGUCCAAAAGAAUGUAACACUGAAUCCGGAUCCCAAUGAAAUUAAAAGCUGCUGUUACGUGACACAAGAAGAACUGAGAGAACUCCUCAAAAAGGCAUCCCGAAAUGAAAUCAAGAUUACUCCAUGGUUUAAAUUGAUUGCAGAGACUUUUCUCUUCAAGUGGUGGGAUAACUUGAAUAGUUUGAAGAAAUUUGUUGAUCAUAAGAUACACAGAAUGUGCUAGCAUUAUAUGCUGACCUUAAAUGGCAGUAGCUACAUUUUUAAUACUGAUAAAUGGCACAUGUGAAGCACUAUUUAUAGGACUGCAACAUUUAUAGGGUUUGAAAUAGGAGGAGGUCUCCAGUGAUGAAGAGAAUCUGCUUACGUAUCUGGCAUGUCUUGGAUGGUUUAUGCUAAGGCUUGAACUUUUCUGCUUUUCGUUUCCUAGACAUACUAGUUGGAUUACUAACAACCUAUCAACAUGUUUGCAUUUGUUGAUGUAACCACUUAGAAAGCGAUAGCCAAACAUUUACUAGGCGAUGAGUUAAGAUGACAUGUUCCACCUCAGUCAGAAACUUCAUCCCUUACAAAAAGUGGAUUGUUUGUGGCAUAGAGAAGGGCUCACCUGUUCACAUUCAGAAAUCCCAUCAGGUACAGAUGCUUGUGAAAGAGUGCCUGGAUUUUUUUUAUUCAGGUCUUCUAGGCUACAUUUUUCAUAUUUUAUUCCUUUAUAAAAUUUUGUUGGGAAAAUGAAGUAGCAGUUCAUGCUAUCUGCUGCUCCCAAAGUUAGCAUAUUGCAUUCAUUUAUUUUGCAUCUGCUGGAAUAGCUUAACGGUUUAAUGUACCUGAGUUACUAUAGAAAUGUGGUAUUAAAUCAUGAAUAGCUUUCUCUAGUUCCUAAUUAUUUGGAAGUUAUGUAUUAAAAAGAUAAAUGAGAUAUUUCAAAAUUAGAAAUGUUUGAAUUUGUACCUGAGUAGGCUCCAAAUGUGCCUUCUUACAUGAAUUGACAUGCUGUAAAAAUGAACAAAUCUUUUGACAAUAACAACAGCCUAGUGAGAGUUCUUCAUAGUACCUUGAAAUUAGGUAUUCAACAAGACUGGAGGAAAAGCAUACACCAUAUAUUCUACAGUCAUCUCAAAAAGGCUGUUAGUGUAUUUCUAGUUAAUUAAACUAUCAUGAUUCCUGAAAAGUUUGAUUGUAUUAAUGGGGAAAAUCUUACACUAAAUGAAUAAAAAGUAAAACAGUUCCA